GUCGUUUUUUAUUUUCUUCUUUUUCUUCUUUCUUUCUUUUUACUGUUGUUGACUCCUACCACUUAUACAAAAAGAACUCUCCCUCACUCUUAUUAUAUAUAACACAUGUCUAAUAAAAAUCGUAAGGAAAAGACUUCUUUUUGGAAAAAGAUUGGGUUGGGCAAAAGUAAGAGUUCGAUAAGCUCGCUCAAGUCAGAAAUACAACGUCAAGAUCAACAUGAUACCCAUAGUGUAAAGAGCAAGCGUUUUAGUGGUCUAUCUAUAAACCAUUUACCACCUAAAACAACCGAGCAACAGCAAAUACCACCUAUACCUACUACACCUAAACCUGCACAAUUUAGACCACCACCUUCUCCUGUUGAGACACCUAAAAUCGAACAACAACCUUCUCCUCCAUCUUCUCCUAUUCCAGAUACGACCCGAACAAGUGUUACUCAAAAUGCCGUUAUUGAGGAUGACAAUGAAAAGAAUGUAGUGGCAUCAUCUGACACAAAUAAUAAGCAAGAAGCCGAAGAAAAUCUCGACGCUUCUUAUGUUGUUGUUUCCGAAACAAGUCAAGAAUUAAAAGCGACGAUUACUGAGCUAAAAGCUGAACUCGAGAAAGAAAAAGCAACUGUCAGUGCACUUCAGAAACAAAAAGAAGCUGUAACAAAAGACUUGGACUAUUUAGAACUCACUGUAGAUGAACUAUUUACUGAAAAAACAGACUUAUUACAGCAACUUGAAGACGAGAAAAUCAAGAGUCAACAUCAUUUAGAUGAUUUAAACAUUUUGCUUGAGAAAAUGAAAUCAAAUGCAGAUAGUGCAAGAGAUCAAUCAUUUGCUGUUGACCAAUCGAGAAUGGAAUUUGAGGCUUAUCAAAAGAAAGCAAAUCAAGAAAAAGACUUGCUUUUGAAUGAAAUAAAAAAGAAGGAUGAGCUGAUUCAAGGAUUAAAGUACAAAUUGAGUCAAUCACAAGAGCAAGUUGAGUUGGUCAAACAAACAAUGAAUCAGCUUGUCACAACACAUGCCAGUGAACUCAGUCGAGUCACCGCACAGCUGCAACUCGUACAACAACAACAACAACAACAACAACAACAACAACAACAAGUAGAAAAAGAAAAUUCAUUACAUACACCCAAUGGUUCACCACGUAUAAAGCCUGAACAAAAUAAUGAUGACAGUCAUCAUACUGCUUAUCACACACCUCAGUCUAUGUCCCGUAUUGAUUCUUCUGAUCAAUACCGUACACCUAAACAGUCUAUGGAGCAUUUUGAUCAAGAGGACCUUGAUAAUCAAUUGAUGAAAUUGAUUAAAGAAAAAGAAAAGCUUCAAUCUGAUUAUUCCAAGAUUCCUUUGAGUGGUGGUGGACCUCAAGCUCGUAAACGUAAAGAAGAGUUGGAAGCUUUGUUAGAUCAUGUUGAUUCUCAACUCAGUAAAGUCAAGCAAAAAAUCAAAAAAUCAUAAUACAUACACAAUAUACCAUAAUUCACUGUCAAUAUUCCUUUUUUUAAAAAAAUAUCAUAAAACCUCUUCAUUCAAUAAACAUCAUCUCAUCGUUUAGUC